GUCGGAUCAGGCGAAGUGAUUUCGUUUUGCUCUCUCUCUCUCUCUCUGUGCGACGUCGGGAGAGUUGGGGCUUUCUUGUUGUUUGUCGUCUUGCUUUUUUGGAUGGCGGCAACAAGGAGCGAUCACAUAGAUCAGCUUUCGCCUCCGAACUGCACCGACACGUGCCGAUGCGGACGAGGUCGCGAUGUGACUGAGACCAGCACGCAGACGGACACCAAAACACAAGGCCAUGGCCCCAGGUUAUCAAAGGUGAACCUUUUUACUUUGCUCAGUUUGUGGAUGGAGCUGUUCCCCAAGGAGUCCUCCGAAGACAAAGACAUGGACCCCAAUCAGACUGUACGUGGAACGGGUCUGGUGGUAGUGCGGGACAGCAAGGUGGUGGGUCUCCACUGCUUAGGUCCUGAGCUCCAUACGGGACAGGUGGCCCUCAUCAGACAUGGAGCCAGCCUAGCCAACUGUCAGCUGUACUUCUCCAGAAGACCCUGCGCUACCUGCCUCAAGAUGAUCAUCAAUGCCGGUGUAAGGCAGAUCUCUUUCUGGCCCGGUGACCCCGAAAUCAGCAUGCUGAGGUCAGAAUCUUCAAAUCAGGCCAGACAGGACCUUUCCCAACAUCCGACUGAGUGCAUUAGCCAAGAGGCUGUGCUCGAUGCGAUGGCAACGGAGAAGCUAAAGUCCAACAGCCGUCCUCACAUCUGUGUGCUCCUGCAGCCCCUGGCCCCGGGUCUAACACAGUUCAUUGAGGAAACCUCCAAGGAGAGUGACUUCAUGGAGAAAGUGAGCAGUGAUGAACCCGGGCUAGACAAAGAAGAACUUUUCACCAGGCAGCGCAGGAGGCAUCUAGAGGCUUUCUCUGGAGAGUUCCUGGUCAGCGCAGAGCAGCAGCACAGACAGAUCCUGUCCCAGAUGGGUCUGGACAACUUCUGUAUGGAGCCGUUCUUCUCCACCCUGAGACACAACAUGAAAGAGCUGGUGAAAGUUCUGGCCACUGUGGCUGCAGGAGUCCCGCUCCAACAUCAUGGCUUCUACAGGGAACAGUCUUCCACUAUGGACCCAUCACAGACCAACUGUCCUCCAUUCCAGGGAGUUUCCCAAGAAGUGGCUCGCCAUUGCAUCAUCCAAGCAAGACUGCUGGCCUACAGAACAGAGGACCCAAAGGUGGGCGUCGGUGCCGUCAUUUGGGCCAAGGGGCAGUCGGCCGGCUGUGAUGGCACGGGGUCUCUGCACUUUGUGGGUUGCGGGUACAACGCCUACCCGGCAGGCUCCCACUAUGCCGAGUAUCCUCAAAUGGACGAUAAACAGAAGGACCGACAGAGACGCAAAUACCGAUACAUCAUCCACGCAGAGCAGAACGCUCUCACCUUCAGGAGUCGGGAGAUCCGAGCGGAGGAAUCCACCAUGUUGUUUGUGACCAAGUGUCCGUGUGACGAGUGUGUUCCUCUCAUCAGAGGAGCCGGCAUCACGCACAUCUACACCGCCGACCAGGACAGCGGCAAGGACAAGGGAGACAUCUCCUACCUCAGAUUUAGCAGCCUGAUGGGCAUCCGCAAUUUCAUAUGGCAGAAAUGUCAGCCAUUUGGCCCUGCGUCAACCUCCAGUGUUGCCAAUGGCUGUGUUGGAAAGCACGGCAGGCAGAACGACCAGGAGAGCCGUUGCAGUAAGAUGCUUUGUCCGAACAGACCUCAAGACUCACCGCCCUCCACUGAGGACGUCAAUAACAGAUGUACAAAGAAAUGAAGAAUCCUAUUUUUACCUCUACACGGCUGUGCCCACCACUGCGGAGGUCUUGGUUGUCAAUGGCUGGGGAGACGGGACAAGUUGAGAGGAGAGAUGUGAAGAUGAACGCAACAGACUGACCUCACCCAAAACAACUUAGAAUGGACUGAGUCAAAGAUGGGUGGACGGACAGAUGCAUAGGAACUUCUUGUAGCUGUAGACUGAUCAGACUUUCAUGGACAAAUUGGAUAUUGGGAUAUUCUUAUCUGCUGAAUUAAGGGAAUGAGAGAGUACUGUACUGAGAACAGUACUCCCUCAUGUAGAUGCGCCCAUGUCGUGUCUGGUCGGGUUUUUCUAGUCGGGUAGUAUUGAGGAUAUAUCGGUUGGUCUGCGGUGAAGGUUAAAGGAACAGUUGGGAUUUUUUUUUUAAGUUUGUCUAUUUUAUACUCACUGCUCAUGUACUGCUUGGGUCAGUUUAUUUUCAGUCAUCCAUCCUUUUCUUCUUACUGGACACACAGUUCCAGCUUGCCCUCAACAGUUCAAUAUGAUUAAUGUUGGAGAAAUCCACAAUACUUAUUCAGUGCAAAAAAAACAACACUCCCAAGGUUCAGCCAAAGCUGACAUGAUGCCAUAGCAGUCUAUCAUAGACAGUGAUAACUGUCUAUGAUAUGAUGAGUGGUGAGUAUGAAAUAUAUAGGGUUUUUCCAUCGGCACUUUUGGCCCUGCUGAGUCAGACCAUGACAUGUUGAUUUGCGUUUCCAUUACCAGUUUAAAUGCGCCAAGUUUUGCUGAGCUGCACCCGAGAUGAACCAUCUCCAGAGUCGGGCCAAAUCGUGCCAGACUCGCCUCCAGGUGGGCUGCGGUGACAUCAGAUGGGCUUUGUCCAUUUCAUCAUCCUGUCUCCGUUUUUCAAACAAUAAGCGGUAGAUGCCAAGCAAAAUCAUAACAACCAUAGGCGCCAAUUUAUGUUUUUGCCCAUGGGUGCGCAAGUUAAGUGAGUACCACCAAGGUGAUGAUUGUCACAAAAUCACUUUUAUUGCACUUACUUUAGUAAUUAGUAAUUUAUUAAUUAGUGGCACGGUGGCCCAGUGAUUAGUGCUGUUGUCUCACAGCAAGAAGGUCCUGGGUUCGAACCCCAGGCUGUUCCAGGUCCUUUCUGUGUGGAGUUUGCAUGUUCCGCCGUGUCUACGUGGGUUUCCUCCGGGCGCUCCGGUUUCCUCCCACCAUCAAAAAAAGACAUGUAUGUUAGGGUUAAUACUCCUGUCCAUGCCCCUGACCAAGGCAAUAGGAAGAAAUAAUUGGAGUUGGUCCCCGGGUCCUGCAUAGCGGCUGCCCACUGCUCCUAGCUACACAGCUAGGAUGGGUUAAAUGCAGAGAGUGAAUUUCAUUUGUAUGUAUGUACAAAGUAAUUAAUAAAGAGUAUUCUAUUCUAUUACCAUGAUGUAGGCUUACUAGGCUGCUGUCAUCUGUCGGACGUAGACGCGACACUGCUCUGCUACAAAUUAUAACAGGCUACACCAUACCAACCCAGUCUUGGGUAGUAUUUACAUACACAUUGGCCACCGCUUAACAUUAUGUUGCUCGCAUCUAUAAUAGAACCGUGUACCUAAGCAAAAAAAAAAACUACAUGAAUACCUUGGUAUUCAUCACACAGUAGUCACAUACACAAUGGUCACAUUCAAAACUUAGCCCAACGCCGUGUGUGUAAUAUUAAAUAAAUGCACUUAUAAAAAAAAAAUGUCGUUUGUAUUUAUUUGUUUAUUUAUUUAUUUAUUGAUCAGCCUUACCCAUAGGUGCUCAACCUUUUUGGUGGGUGCUCGACAGGUUGUCCAUAGUAACAGCAGCUUGGAAAUCCAUGAUGCAAAAUAGCUGGCUGC